UCUAAAUCGCACUGUCAUCAUGACUUUGGAAUGGAUAAGUCUUAAGAAUUGCAAAAUUAAGCAAUUCUAUGUUAUCUUUGAAUAAGGUAGUUUCUCAACAUUUUCGGCAAAAGAAGUUUUUAACAAGACAAAAUGGAUGAACAUCCUAAAGUUUCUUUAUCGAUUGCAAUUUGUUUUAUGGCUAUUGGGUCAACUUUUGCUCUAACAGCGUGUAAGACGUGUGGCCCAAAUUAUGUUGCCUGCAUAAAUGAAACUUUCUAUAAGCUUUGUCCUGACGGAUCAAAACUAUCUACAGAAAUAAGGGUUUGUCCAGCUGGUGAAGUCUGUACAGAAGGCCAACAAAUUUGUCAGCCUCGAGAUAAGGCAAAGAAAGUUUGUGGUAAUUGUGAAACUUGCACCAGUGGUUUUGUGUGCAGGAGUAAAAGUCAAUUCGAAUAUUGUAAAGGAUCAACGCCUACAGGAUUAUUUGGCGAAUGUCCCCAGGGCCAAUAUUGUAGUAUUGCUAAUGUGGUGCAAAAUCAUAAUAUUUGUGUGAAAUCUUGUCUGGCUGAGCCAACUUGCUACGCUGGAGAAGUAACGACAACACCUGCUCCUUCAACAAUUGACGAGGACUAUUUGAAAAGUUGUGAUGGCGUAACAGAUUUUGAAAAUCGUAAUAAUUUAGAUGAUUCAUCUUGUGGAACAUAUUUCAAGUGUGAGCUGGUGGACGGGAAAAUGUACGCCGUUCUUUUUGAAUGCAAAAAUAGUUACUUCAGUGCAACUGAAAAGAAAUGCGUUGCUACCAAACCUAGCCGUUGCAUUUAAUCAAAAAAAAUUGUUUUUAAUUUUAAUGAAUUUAAUU